AUGGAAUCCGCCGCCAAGAUCAAUCUCAUUAAAAGCCACCGUACCGAUAAGUACCAGGAUAAAGUUGUUGACACAUAUGACGAUCCCCCGGAAAUGUGGCAAAAGGCUCUCGGUGACAAUCUGAGCUUUCAAUUUGGCCUCUUCGAUCAGGCAGAGAUUGCCGAAGGUGCUAAGCCAGGAGCUAUCGGUUCUGCUGAGUUUCGAGCGUUUGAUCGCCAGCUCGAGCUCGCUGGGCUUCUCGGGCCAAACAGGCCACAACUCUGUCGAAUAUUGGACAUCGGUUGUGGCUGGGGUUUCAUUACCAAGCGCCUAGCAGCACAUUUCCCCGAAUGCCAGCGCAUCGACGCCAUCAAUAUUAGCCAGCGUCAACUUGACUUCUGCGCUAAGAAUUUACCGACGGAUCUUAGAAAGCGGGUCAACCUAUACCUCUGCAACGGGCAGGAUGUUGACCUUCUUCCGGAUCCGGAAGUGCCGUAUGAUCUAGUCGUUGUACGAGGUGUCUACACUCACUUUCUCUUUGAUGUCUUCGAGGCUUCUAUAGCUCAGGUGGCACAGCGGUUGAGUCCCCAGGGAACCCUCCUUAUUUCCGACACGCUAUACAGGGUCGUGGACCUGGAAACAUACAAGUCCGCUAUACCAGACACGGUGGAUCGCCUGGCGUGUGCUAAUCGAAAGACCCCAGACUACUUCGUUAGCGUUUUGGAGCAGAACGGGCUACGUUUACACGAUAUGCGGGUAUUGCCAUCAAAUGCCGAGGUCAUCCACUGGUUCGAUAAGGUGAGACUCAAUAUUGAACAAAAUUUCCCGAAUGGGGUUAGCGGUCCAAUCGAGGAGUUGCACGAUAUGGCCGUUAGCUUUAACCAGAGCUUGGCGAAAGAACAAGCCUCAGUGUAUAGCAUCAUUGCGCGACAUAAUGUAGUUUGA